GGUAGAUCAGAGAGGAGAGGGAGGAUAGGUAAAUCAGAGAGGAGAGGUAGAUCAGAGAGGAGAGGGAGGAUAGGUAAAUCAGAGAGGAGAGGUAGAUCAGAGAGGAGAGGUAGAUCAGAGAGGAGAGGGAGGAGAGGUAGAUCAGAGAGGAGAGGUAGAUCAGAGAGGAGAGGUAAAUCAGAGAGGAGAGGUAGAUCAGAGAGGAGAGGUAAAUCAGAGAGGAGAGGU